ACGCCGAGUAAUAGUAAUAAUAACAAUAAUAAUAAUAACAAUACAUCAUCAUUAGUGAAUAAGUCACCUGCAAGGACAUCAUCAUCAUCUUUAUCAUCAUCAACAACUACAACUACAACUACAACAUCUACAAACCCACUCACAUCACAACCACCUCCAACUACUUCAUCAUCAUCAUCAUCUACAUCAACCGAACAACGAAGGAGUAGUAAAAGAAGGUUUCACAGGAGCAUCAGUCGAAGCAAGAGUCCACGUACCAGCGAGCGAACCAGCACCAGCACUAAUACGGCUGUCGUAGCUGUCUCGUCGCCAACAACAACAGACUCUGUUGGCAACAACAACGGAAAGAAGACAUCCACUCGUAGCAAUAACAACAACAACAACAACAACAAGGUCAGCAACAACAACAACAAUAGCAAUAACAACAAUAACAAGAAUAGUGUUAGAAGAGGCCGAAGCAAGUCCAGAAGCCAAAGCCGUAGUAGAAGCAGGAGCAAUAGCGAUGGCGCAGGCAUAAGGUCUAGAUCACGAAGCAGAAGUAGCGCAUUGAGUAUGCGUAGUUUGAGUCUGAGCAACGAGAGGAGACGUCGCAGUCGCAGCCGCGGCCACAGUUCGAGUGGCAGCAGGAGCCGGAGCAGGAGCAGGAGCUCAGGCAGCAGUCGAAGCAGGAGCAGGAGCAGGAGCUACAGUUACAGUCGCAGUCGUAGCAGGAGCUCAAAGAGCAGGAGCAGGAGCAGUCGAAGCAGGAGCAGGAGCAGCCGAAGCCGCAGCCGCAGCCGCAGUCGGAGCAGCAUGAGCAGGUCCAGAAGUGACAGUCGAAGCAGUAUGAGCGUAAGCCGCAGCCGCAGCAGCAGGAGCAGAUCUAGAACUCCUCGUUCGCGCUCACGAUCGCGCAGCAGCAUGAGCAGGAGCAGGAGCGCGAGUAGAGCCAGCAACAAUGGCAAGGAUCACAGCACGAGCCCCAGCCGCAGUCCCAGUCGCAGUCGCAGCCGAAGCAGCAAGAAGAAGAGGACGUCCAGUCGCAGCAGGGACGGCCAGCUCGUCAGGAAGUCAUCGUCGCGCGACAAGUACGACGAUCGACGACGCGUCGAGAGCCGCGACCGCAAAAAGACUCGCGAGUCCGAGUCGCGCAGCAGACGAUCGAGCGGCCGUCGCGACCGUUCAGACCGAUCGCGCGAGCGAGUUAAGGAGAGUGGUGGCCGAUCGAGCGAUCGAUACAGAAGUGGUGGUAGCCGAUCGGGCUCCACAACAUUUGGAGGCAGUGGUAGUGGUAGAGACAAGUAUCGCUCGAGCCGGGACAGAGACAGAGACAGCAAGGACAGAGAGAAGAGAGGUGGUGGCGGCGGAGGAGAGACACGUAAGAGGAUCAGAUCACCCGAGCGAUCAGAUCAACAACAAAUGAUCAUAAAGAAGAAGUCCACUGGUUGGGACAACCUUCCUCAAGAGGGUAAGUAG